GUAAAAUCAAAGGCUCUAUCGAUAUACUCAUGUGAUACCGGGGCACGGAUGAAGUCAAAGCAAUUACAUGGCUUAGUACAGUACUCCAGAAGAACUUGCAACUUGGUUGCACUUUGACAACAGUGCUGAUUUACUAGCAAAGCUCGCGACCUUUCAGCAAUUUUCGAGUUUUACCAUCAUUCUAGGAUGCACUACCAUCACUCGUGGUUGAUGGUCAUGGUGAUUUUGCAUUCGUGACGGCAACAUGCGGCGGGCACACGAACCUGAACCCGAGGCGAUGCCGCACAAGCGAGCCCAUCUCGACAAGUCGAUGGAAUCACUGUCGUUGGUGCCGUGGCAGCCCUGUCCGCUGAUGCUCGAGCUGCACCCUACUUGCAACCUGCCUCUAGAGGACAAGGAGCGGUUGCGUGUCGAAGGGCUGUACACAAUCGACCCCGCAGAUCGUGCCAACUUCUUCGGCUUGGGUCGCGAUGACUUUGAGCGAGUGCUUGAUCCAAUGUGGUUGCGUCGCUUCCAUCGGUGCAUUUGCCAUUUCAAGACGGAGAUGAGUCCAUACGGCGGCGCCACGGCGUUCGUGAUCGUCCCGUCCGCCAAGUCUCACGUGCUGAUCAACAACAGCCCGGCAGCCAACCGGGUUCCAGUCACGUUGGCAGACGGCGACGAGAUCGUGCUGGCACAAAAGUCCGACGGCACCCAGCUGAAAUACGUUGUCGUCAAGCGCGACAGACAUCCCACGAUGGAUGCCACGAUUGGAGUGUUGUUUGCCGCGCCUCUCGUGGAAUUCAAUGCCGAUGGCGUCGAAACGGCAUUGCCGGAACUGGACUUUCGGAGCGAAUGUCUCGUGCUGCAGCGCUGCCUCUUUGACGCGUCCAGGCUCAAAGAAACCAUUGCGACGACGCCCUAUGACGACCGCAUGACAGUUCGAGUGCCUCGCCCGAUCCAUCUCCGCGUGCACUUUGCCACCAAGGCGUCGUUCCAGUCGUGGUGUCGGGGCCUCCAAGUCCUCCAUUUCUCUGGUCAUGGCAACGACCAGUGCGUGUACUUUGAAGACGGCAGCGGCGUCGCCGUGCCCGUGACUCCGCACCAAGUGGCGGCGCUGCUGCCGUCCCCCAUGACCCUCCAACUCGUGUUUGUCGCUUCCUGUGCAUCGGAAAACAUGGCGCAAGCGUUCGUGGCCCACGGCGUUCCACAUGUAGUCUGUACCAAGAGCAACACGGAGCUCGAAGACAAGGCCGCGAUUGCAUUCACAAGACGCUUUUACGAAACGCUCGCGCAAGGGUACUCUGUCCAAGCAGCGUUUGACAGGGCCAAAAACUUGGUCGCAGCGGUCCCCAACACGCGCAACCCGACGGACGUGGCCGAAAAGUUCCAGCUGCUGCCGCCUAAUUGCGAUCACGACGCGGCGGUGCUGUUCCCGCCCCUCGAAAUGGACGCCCCCCUCAACUCCACGGACAUGACGACCGAGUGGACUCAAUUGAGUUUCACGGCCAUGGACCGGUCGUCGUCGUCGUCUGGCUCGACCGAUUCAACUCCGUCGCUGUACGACCUCUUUCCCAAUAAACUGCACCACGUUCGUGCAGGAUUUGGGUACCGCAACGUCGACAUGCGCCAUGUACGUUUGAUUAGUCAUCCAGAUGAAACAAUCAAAACGAUAGGGCGUUCGAUGUAUAUAUAUAUUUUUUCUACACUAGUACUAUAUAUUAUUUCUGCUGAUCAAGUGAAACACGACUCGUCCGUCCUAUACUAUAAUUACCUCGGAUCAUUUGACGUUGAAUUUAACAAUGGUUUACAUUAUUGUGAAUUCGCUAUAAACAACCAAAAUUCGCAUGGGUUGGCUAAUCAAUGUUGAACCGCGCUGGAGUUCUGAUUGGUUGAAUAUACUUGUCCUUUCUGUAAGAGCCAAUCAAAUCACUCAAAAUUGGAUGUUUCGCCAAUAGCUUCGAUAUAUGGGGUCUGGAUAUUUGGACCGAGUAUACCACAAUAUAUACGAGGAUUUAUGAUAUUCAUGUGUCCUAAAUCAGACAAGAGGUCCUUGUAUAGCGUACCCAUCUUUUGAGCUAGCGUGUUGUCGACUAGUAGUCUAAUGGCCCAACCUUCUUGAACAUUGUCGGUAUGAGGAUUGCGACCGCUAUUACGGCUAGGAUGUAUAGAUCCUUGGCUUAAACUGGACAUCUUGUGCGAGCCAUCCAAACGCACCCUGUUGUGACUGUCACGGGGCCCGAAGGAAUCGGCAAGACGCAGUUGGCGCUGGCCACGGCGUGGUUCCUGGACCUGCGACAUCCCCAGCGGGACAGCGUCCGCGUCUGCCUCCUCGGGGGGGUCCUCGACCGCGUCCUGCACGACACAACCGCCUCGUGUAGCCCCCUCGACCAAGUGUGGGCUCGUCACGUCGCCGGCGUUGCUUCGGCAUUGGGCACGACGUUGCUUCCAGAAUUGUGGCCAAGCGUCAUCAUAUUGGAUGGCUGCGAUGUCCUGCACACCCACUGCGUCUUGCGAGAGUACGUCCAGGACUUUGUAUGGGGACUCCUCGGUCGCCAACCGCUGCUGCGUGUCGUGCUGACGGUGCGCACACCCCUCAUGUGGACCCAUGGCGGCGGGUGUACGAUGCCCCUGGGCCCCCUCGCCAUGACGGACGCCGCCAAGCUGCUGCAAAAGUCGUUGAAUCGACCGUUCACGGCGGCAGACUACCAAGCGCUCGAGCUCGCCAUCCCCCCGGCGUCGUCCAUGUCUAGCGAUGCCAUGGCUACAUGGGUGCAGACAAGUCGCGUGGUCCAAGCGACCCGCGGAAUCCCAAGCCAGGUCCUGGCUCUUGUGGACAGACUCAAAUUUCACGAGUCCACGCAAACCACCCACCCAUAAAAAGCGAAAUAACAUGGAUAUUGCACCAACUUGGA